CUGAGUUGAGCUGUAGCGCUGCGGUCAUUCGUGAAAAAGUAAAAGAAAUAGUUAGCUAAAUAUCAUCAUGGCCGAGGACCUAAUGCUAAGUUCGUCUUCAAAGCACAAGUCUAAAACGCUGUGCUUUUACGGCGCCUGGGCCUGGAUCGUAGACAUUUUUCUCACCGUUUUCCUCAUCGUUUUCACACUCUACAUUCUGCGCAAAAUCAUACAAGGUCCAUUCUACCGCAAGCGUAAUCGCAUCGAUGAAAAAGUCGUCAUUAUCACUGGCUGCAGCGCGGGCAUUGGCAAGGAGAUCGCCCUGGAGCUGGCGCGGCGCGGUGCACGCAUUUACAUGGCUUGCCGCGAUGCUGCGCGCUGUGAGGCCACGCGCCUCGAGAUCAUAGAUGACACGGGCAACCAGCAAGUCUACAACCGCACACUCGACCUCGGUUCGCUGGAGUCCGUGCGUCAAUUCGCUGCACGUUUUGUUGCGGAGGAGCAGCGUCUGGAUAUUUUGGUAAAUAAUGCCGAUGUUAUGACUACUCAACGUACCCUCACAGCCGACGGUUUUGAGUACCAAUUCGGUGUAAACCAUUUGGGGCAUUUUCUACUAACCAGUCUACUGCUGGAGCGGCUGAAGGUAGCCGCACCGAGCCGCGUAGUCGUAAUGAGCUCCUUCAUGCAUCUCUUUGGGCGUAUAAACAAGGACGAUCUGAACAGUGAGCUGCGCAAAACGAAAAUUUUCGGCUCUUACGCAAACAGUAAAUUGGCAAAUAUACUCUUUGCGCGCAAGCUGGCUAAAUUGCUGGAUGGUACGAGCGUAACGGUAAAUAGCUGUAACCCUGGAAUCGUGCGUACCGAGGCGAUGUUUCGCAAGCAAAAUCCGCGUUGGCUGUGGUUCAUUGUCGACAAACUUUUCGGGCUGGUGGCUCGUACUCCGCUAGCAGGUGCACAGACUGCGCUGCGCCUGGCAUUGGAUCCCGACUUGGAACGAUCGACAGGGGGCUACUACUCCUACUACAUACGCUGGCAGCUGCCACCGUGGGCCACGAACAAAAAGAUGACCGAUUGGCUGUGGCGCGAAAGUGAGAAACUGGUCGGAAUAAGCAGCGGCGAACGAAUUCAAACGAUCGAUGUGUAAUGAAUAGUGUAUUGCGGAUG